GCCGAUCUGAGCCGUCACCACGAUGUACACCGUAUUGUAUCGUGCGUCGCAUGGUAGGCGGCGGCUGCGCGAAUGUACGAGUGUAGCGGGGCUUCACCGCUUCAGCCUUCACAAAACCAGAAAUGCUUCAUGAGCCCUCCUGGCUCCAACACCCCGGGAAAAUCAUGCUCGGCCCAGACCAGCCAGACGAGAAGUCUCAGGCUUGAGUCUCGGCGGAGGAGGUGUGCGAAGGAAAGCCGACUAAACCUCCGAGUCGGAAGGCGACUCAUCGUUUCUGAGCCCCAUCACGAGGAGAGCGAGAGAGAGCAGACGAUGGGAGCACCCCUCUGGAAGUACCAUGUGGUACUGUACUCACCGUUUCUAGCUCCCCCGAAGGCAGUCCAAGAUUUUCUGUGGAGUCCACGACGCAUUCCUCAGAGGAAGAGAUUCAGCGAAGCCAGAUUCCUCCAUCGGCUUCAGACUCUUUGCGUACAGAGCAUUCCUCGAGAUUUAACAGAUUCCUCGAGAUUUAGUAACAGUGUGUUACCCGCCCCCUAACCAGAACUGACCAAAAUCUAGGCACUGAAGCUCUCUCAGGCCCUCGCAGCGCAUCAGUCGCCUCUAUCUUCUAAGUAGUCAUCGAAUGGCUUCGCCUGGAAGAUUUUCAGGGUCGAAGCUUAAUGGCGGAAGCUUCGGCUUACAUCGAUCGAGUCGGAGUCCACUUGUUUUUCUAGUCGCCUUUACCCUCUUUAAUCAAGCCUACGCUCUGCCGUCCGAUUUGGUCACACGGGAUAGCAGCACACAUCCUACAGUCACACUCCGCAAUGACAUUCUCCGAGAGGACCUCGCCAGCGCCUUCCUUUACUAUCACAGGGACACUUGGCCGGAUGAAAUCAAGGUGCAAUGCCAAGGCGCAAUCUGCCCGGAUUUGGGAUCCUGCGGACCGAAUUUCCCCAACCUUCGGGCGUGUCACCAGCCAGAAAUCGCUGACCGGGAAACAGUUUUCCCCGGGCAGCCCGAGAACUGUCCAGGAAAAACGAAACUGACACCUGAAGAAGCCGCUGACGUAGCAGCUGCUGCUGCUAUCGCCCCUGAUACUGUAACAGGAAGAGCCGGAGCAGCAGGGUUACCAUGCGCGCAUGGGCACAGGCAGGACUACUUCUCUCACGAGCGUUACGUUGCGCAGUACUUUGAGAUGAAGGACGUGCUUAUGUCGGCAUCGGGGCUGGUCUUUAACGAGUCCAUGCACUUCAGCCGACAGGGAUGCCAUGCGGAUGGGCAGUUUCACUACAAGGCAAAAGACUCCAAGGUGAUUGAAUUGGACCAGCUGGUUUCAUUUGUGUACCACCAAGGAGGCAACUACUACCACUCACUAGUCGACCUCCUCCCUCAAUUCUACAUCAUGAGAGACUUCCUUAAAGCCCAUCCCAACAUCCCCAUCGCGUUCAAAAAGACGCAGCUGGCCUUCUAUCGCCGGGUUCUCAAGCAUGUCAUUGGCGUCAUGCCUUACGAGUUUAACCUUCUCACCACUCAAGACCAGGAUACCACCACUCUCUACCGAACCUCCAGGCUCUACCAACCCGUGUUUCAAACCUGCGGGAACCCGAGCCCGAGCCUCUGGCACACCCUCCGCUCCCGCUUCCUCCUCCCGCCCAAUGGCCUUCCCAUGUUCUCUGAAGCAUGGGAAAUCCGCAAUCCCAUCCAAGAGCUAGCUGGUGCUGCUGGUGCUAAGGGGAAGAUCAAGUUGGGGUCCUGGAAUAAGGAGCAGAUGAGCAAACUGCCUCGUGAUUGGGUGGUGGUGUUGGGGCAACGGCCAGGAAGUGACCGAAGGCGAUUGGUCGGGUUUGACGCCCUUCUCUCUGCAAUGGAACAGCUGUUCACACCAGAGAGAGUGGUGGUCUAUGAUGGGUCUAUACCUAUCUUGCAGGCCAAGGCACUGUUCAACCGGGGGGCUGCUUACGUGGCGCCACAUGGAGCAGGGCUGGCUAAUAUGAUCUUCAUGCCAUCUGGGUCGUCAGUUCUAGAGAUUCGGCCAGACAGGCUUCCGAAUGCGUGCUACCACCACCUAGCGAGUGCUUGUGAUUUGCACUAUUCCCUUGUCAUGGGAAAUGGGACGGUAAGCUCGCCACUUAGUUUUGAUAUGAGAGAGGUGAGAGUUGCUUUGGAUGGUGUAGCAAGGCACACAUUUGCUAGAGAUGCUGAGCUUCAAAAUUGGUAGAGGUGUCUACCACGUGUAUAUAUGCUCCUCUAUCUCUCUUUCUCCAUACACGCCCAGCC